AUGGGUCUUGCCUCAGCACCAGAUCUUGGUUUAAGGAUACGAGUAUCUGCAGCUGCCCGAGCGCUUAGAGGGUCCGAGAGGGUGCGAGUCGCGUGUUCGACGUUUCACCCUUGCGUCGCUGUUGAUGCGUCGAACAUGUCGUAUCGAAGCAUUUCGGCCGUACCCAGAAGCACAAGAUUUGUGGUGCAGUUGAAGCUAAAAGAGAAACCACGAAAGAAAAGCCUCCAGGUCGUCUCAUCAUUCGCGUGUCACGUGAUUGAUGCCCUCACAUCGUCGCGAAAUCCUCUCGUCUCUGUGUCCAGCAGACGAUCAAGAAUAAGUUCUAUGGGCUCUACGAUAGUAUUCUCAAUGAAUGCUUCCCUUCCACCCAGUUCACGGUCUCACCCCAGAAGACAACUGUCCUUCUACACAUAUGAAAGAGCCAGCAGACGUGUCGAACCUAUUCCCUUGGCAGACUCCGUCACCCGCAUUGUGGACACUGCCCCUAUUGAGAGGUGGAACACGAAUAUCAUGGAGGAAGAGGGUCGUACCAAGUUCUUGGAGGAAAUCAAGCAAAUGGUCGCGAACAUUGAUACGGGUGAGUUAAAACUCGACCACACAAUUAUCAACGCUCAAACCGAAUAUGGGGCUGUCUACAACGAAACGGCGCGUGCCUUGAACCUUCCUAUCAUGAUCGAAAUCCUCUGCCAAAUCGACCCAAGAUGCAUCGCCAAUCCAUAA